CUAUGUAUUCAACCAAUGUGUAGAUAAUAGCAGAACUGUACAUGUACACAAGAAAUCAAUGCAUUCAACCAAUGUGUGGAUAAUAGUAGAACUAGUAUUCUAACAAAGAAAAGUCUUGAAACAGUUUCAUAACUGGCUGUCCAGGAAGGUCAGGUCAUGUCAAAGGUUAGACUUAUGAAUAUUCAUGGUUGAAUGCCGUAAAAUAGGUCCCAUAGAAGAGUUUAAUUAAAACUCCAAUUUUUUCCUGAAAAAUGGCUUGUAUUCUUUCAAGUGAAGGAAUUGAUGUUUGCAUUUCCCAAGCAUGCUCUCCAUUCACAUUUUAAAAACCCCAAGUACAUAAACAUCCAAGAUGAUAGUUUGUGGAGAUCAUGCCACAAAGAGGAACUGCUAUUAAACUAACAGAAACACCCAGGGAAGUGUUUUAAGUUAUAACAGAUUAAUAACAAAGUUGUAAAUAAAAAGGGAAAUAUUCCUCAACUUAUUCAACUUGUUUCAUACUAGCCCUGGAGGCUGAAUGUAUUGCCAGAUGACACAUUAUGACAUCACAUAGUGAUGUAUUCCCCUCUUCUUCAAGGGAAUCAGUGGCUGGUUGAUAAACAUUUUUAGAAUAGAAUACAUUGUUCUUUUUUGUGUCUUACUUGAUGAUUGAAGAAACUGUUUGAUUUUACACCAUAAGAGGGCGCUGUUGUUUACAACCUUCCCUAUCAUCUGCAUUUGUGGGAAGUGGAUUUUGCUGCUUCCCAUAGGCAUAUGUAGUAAUUGUGAUUCAGAGCAGCCAUAGCUUUUGAUUUUGUUUUCAAUUCUUUGUUAUUUUCAAAGGUAACACAAAACCUUAUGUACUGGAUUUUUGCUUUUACCCGGCAUUGCAAUGACUUUUACACACCCUAGCCUAGAGUUUAUUGCCCUAUGGUCAGGCAAUUUAGGUCACCCAAAAUGAUUAUGCUACUUGCUAGUAUAACAUUGGUCAAGCAUUACAAUGAACCAAUUAAUGAUGUGGUGAAGUGUAUAACGUGAAACUGUUUUACUGUAACAACUUUUUUGAUCACAUUAAAAUUAAAUCUUACAUCUACUGAAUACCAAGUGAAUGCAUAAAAUGUUAAGUAAGUAACAUUAGUGCAGAAAUGUUUUAAUUUGUCUUAACAGUUUUUUGUGGGAAGGACUAAUCUACAGAAUAGGAAUGACAGGAUAGGAAGUCCACUGAUGUUUGUGUUAUCCACCAGACUCCGUAAGACUGCAUGAAUUGGAAUGGAUUGAAGAUAUUUUGGUUUCGCUGUGUCCUUUUGAGGAGAAGUUAUAAAGUACCCUUAUUUCUGCUUUGUACCACAUUUGAGGGUUUUAAAUCUUUAUUAAAGGAGUACAUGUAUAAGUUUUUUUUAUUCACUGUUUUAAAGAUAUGUAGAAGAUUCUACCUAUAGGCAUAUGGUGUUGUCACAGUUAAACACACCCCAUGUUUUUGGAUUGUUUUAAAAUAUGGAAAAUAAAUGCCAUCUGUAUUUGACAUUAUUUAAAUAUUUACCGUGGGACCCAGGGACAGAAACGAAAUAAUGUAUUCCUUUUCAUUUUGCAGACAUGUGGAUAACUCCUUUGAAAACUGAAUGGAAUCUUUUAAUAUACAAUACACUAAUACCCGCGGUUGUGAUCAAUAGCAAACCUCCUCUCCCUAUUGAUGUUACCCCCACCGCAAUGAUUCAGCUUCCUUCGUCAAUAAUCACAGUAAUGAAUGUUGCUCAUACAUUAUGAGCUCCGUACACAUUACAGCUUUGUUGUGCUCAUACGGUUUUGUUGGACAAAUUCCUGUACGGGCUCCGUGUCUAUAAUUUUGCAUAUUACAGGAUAAUUUGCAUACUGUGAAUUUCAGAAAAAGGCCAUACAUGUAUUUUGAGCGAAUUAUGGUGCAGUAGGCCUAAUGAUGCCGCUUUCUGGCUACAAACGCUUAGAAAUAUCCCAUCCAUCGAAGUAGUUUUGUAUAAACUUAACAUGAAUUGAAAAUUAAAACAUUCUCAAAAAUGUACUUUUUGAAUUGCAUCAACAUUCAAACUUAUUACGUCAAUAACCUUGCAAACACGUGUGUUUGUACCCUGCACGGCAUCAUAAGGUCCAUUGAAGUACGACAGUCAAAUACCAAAAGGAGGAAAAAUCACUAAACAAACCACGAGACCACUUCACGAUUCACACGAUUGCCAGUACUAUAAACUCUACCCCCCUACAAAUGACGUUAAGCAUCAUUAAUCUCUGACAAGAUGAAUUUCAAAGCCCUGGAAUAUGUUUUAAUUUCACCCAGAAAUCUUGAACCUUCGUCUUUUUUUCAGGUCAGGCCAAAUGCGAGGGUAAUUAUUUCUGUUCAUUGUAAAAUGCAUGCUCUACAUUUGAAGCUGGCACUGUUUCUAUGUAUUGUUGGAAAUGCCACUGAUAUCGAGGUUAAUUGAAAACAAAUUGUACAUCCAUCUUUAUUGCUCUUUGAAAUGAAAAAAAGCGAGGCACAGUCUGCUUUACGAAGGGUAGUUAUUGAGGUGAACAAAAUGAAGAGUUAAACUAUAUUCCAUUGGCACGUUGCAUUUUAGUCAUUCAUUUCAGAUGCUCCGUUUUUGCCGCACUAUAUACCUCCAUAUUCAGGUCAAGUCAACACAGCCAUUCACAGAACCGUUCUAUCAUUUUGAUGACGACCAAAUAUCCCACUAUUUAGAGCAUAAAUAAUAAGGUCCAUCUUGGACUGUAUACCGUCAUUGAUUACUGCUCUGUCCCAGACUUUCCGGUCGCUAAGAAACAAUCAGCUAAUGAAUGUACGAUGGGGCCAUGCACAAUGCUUAUAUCAUACACAUAACAGACUAAUGCAUGGCUUGUCAAUGUGUUGUUUUCCCACGGCUGAUUUAUGCGUCACGAAACAGCCAUGGAAACACUUAUUAUUUCCCCAUAAAAGAACCCGACGCAAAAAAAAUGAGUAGACUCCCGUGGGACAAUUUAUGGAAAAUGUGACUGAUUAAAUUGAGAGGUAUAGGCCUGCUGUUGGAGGGAUGCAGUUAAGGCCGUUUUUGUAGAAUGUAUACUUUAAUAAGAUAAAUGUACUAAAUAAUGAGAAAACCAUUUUGAAGCCGUAAUCUGAUUCAAAAUUUUCCUCCUUUUUCAUUUUUUUUUAGCAUUGUCCUUUUUUGUUUUACAUUACGACCAUUUCGUCAUUGCUAUUUGUGUUUGUUUUACCAUUUGCCCAUCAUUUGAUUCUUAAAUGAGACUUAGGUUUGCAUGAUGGACAUGCACGGUGAAUGGGAAGUAACAGCAUGUGAAUGAUAUCUCUUUGUGAGUUGUGUGGUUCUGAGAUGAACCAGUUGGUUGAACUCGACGUUUCGCACAGUAUCCUUUGUUCGGCAGGAGACAGUUGAUUUUAUUGAAAAUCUGACAUUCGCUGUAAACACAAAAGGUCUUUUUCUAUGGGUGAAAAUGAUACAAAGUGAUUUUACAAAUUUGCAAUCUGCUCUCACUUUUCCGGUCAAAUUUAAUUUCGGCAUUCACUUUUUGAAUAAUUAUCUUCAUUAUUUGCUUAGUUAUAUUUAUGAUUCGCCGACGUCACAAAAGAGGGCUUACCCCAGAAAUGAUUGUUUGACAUGUUUUACACAUGAUUUUAUGAAGAAAACUCUUUAAAAAAUUUGAACGUUGAAUUUAAAUAGUUCGUUUUUUCCCCUACAGUUAUCCGAUAAAAAAGCGCCUAUAGGCCACGUAAAUGAAGAAGCAAUAAGAUCUCUCAUUUUCAAAAAGCAUUUGUCAAGUUUCAGUCUUAGUUCCGAGCAAGUACUCUGAACAUGUCUGUUUUUAUCGCCCGAGACUUGAAAUCUGCAUAACAGGACUGAAUUAUUGUGUCGACGGUCCGAGAGCGGCCGGCCGCGUAUCGCUGCGUCGACGCUCACAAACAAGAAGGAAGUAUUCAUGAAUAAAUAAAUCCGCCGUCUGUUUAGUUCUGGACCAUCAGGCAUAUCGUCAUGACAACCAGUCUAGCAACAGCUUUCGACGCCCUAUACUUUAUAAGUGAUCCAUUUGGCAAUCUGUCAAGGUGAGACUACUUCAGAGUGUGCGCGGAUACCUCAAACAAUGAAUUCAUAUUCUCCAAAUAGGCGGUGUCAUUACCUGGGCAACUAGUAAACGAACCAUCGGAAAACACUCUUCAUUUGGCGAGUAGAUGAAGACCGGCCCGCUGAGAGUAAUUCGAGUUGAUUAAUAUAGCGGAGUAUCGCUCCAGUUGCGGCGCUUAAUGUAAAUGAUUACUACAGGAAAUUAAGCGGACACGCUUUGCACUGUGUGUCUGCUGCUUGGUGUGUGUUUCAUCAGAAGAUAGCAGGCAGUACCAAUGCGAAGGACUUGUACCAGUAGUUGCGUGGCGGAUUAUCAUUGAUAUCGGACAUAUUGUACAUUCAUCAGUGAAUUGGAUGAGACGAACAGUCUUUUCAACCCUACCAUGUGAUUUUCAAACCUGUGUGGUUUUCCUGAUGUGAUUACAUUGACCUUUCACUAAGUUUGACAACCAAUACCGAUCAUCAUGUGUCAAGAAUUCCCUGGUUCCCCGCCAGCUAUCAUCAACAAAGACGCAGACAGCACUGGUGACCUGCAGUCUUUAUCUCCCGAGACAAGUUUAGCAUACCGGCGUAGAGUGCUUCUACUAGGCGGGUCAGGGAGCGGUAAGACUAGCCUAGCUAAGUCGCUAGUCAGUGGGAGCUCACAAACCUCUGAUGGGACUACGGAAUCUUUGGAUGUCCAUGUAUGGUGCCCAUUUAAUGGUACCACAUACGAGAAUCUACUGGAAAAGGAACUGACUGGGUAUGAACGAUCAUUGGUGCUGGAUGUAUGGGACUUGGCUGGUCGAAAGGUUUGGCAAAAGUUCCAUCACUUAUUCCUGACACCAGCUACACUUCCGGUUGUGGUCUUCAAUUUAGCCGACCAAGAUAGCUGUGACGAAGUGUCUAAGAUAGUUGAGCUUAUAUGGGCAAAGGUUCCUGGGAGCAAAUUGAUCAUCGUUGGGACGCACGUCGACCAACUCGGCCAAGAAGAAAGAAAUGCGGAUAAGUGCCAAGAUAUUCUUGGUGUCAUGAGGAACAGACAUGCGCACUGCAUACAGAAAAUCCAACAAGAAAUUCACAAUCUAAGGAAUCUUUCCGAGUCAGCCAGAACGCCGAAAUGCAACCAAAAGAUAAAACACCUGCAGGAAAUACUAGAGAGAUUUCCCAGUCCUCCAACGUCUAUAAUCAGAUCCAGCAGUAAAACCGCUAAGGGUCUUGAUGACGUGAGACGAGAUAUUCUGCAAAGUAUCUUAGAUUCCAAUCGACAGUCUUCAGUUGAACACAGUAUGCCCAUACGACCAGCUACUGCAGAUGUUUAUGAUGACAUCGUUACUAUGAGGAAGGACGCGCAUGUUGUUGUCUCUGCUCAUGAGAUGCAUGAACUAUUCACCAAACAUGAAGUUGGACUGAGCAGUGAAGUGGAGGCAAACGAGGUAGCAUUUUUGGAAACUUCGGGCGUUAUUCAAUGUAUCAUUGACUUCAGCGACAGUGAUGAUAACCUCAUAUGCAUCAACCCUCCAGUCUUAGCCAAAGCCUUAUGUCAAGUCCAUAUGAGUGAUACCAAGAAAGCCUUUCGAUUUGAAGCCAAACGAUUCUGGCCCAAGUCAGACAGUGGGCACAGUAAGAAACCUAACCCAGCAGUACUCGUCCAAGCCCUAGAGGAAGUGGCUACUGAAGGACUGGUGAGGGAGUCUAUGUUCCCCUUGCUUUGGCAGGAUCUUAACAUGAAUGAGAAGCAGACCAGGCUAAUCAUAGACCUAUUGGCUAGACUAGGUCUGCUGAAUCGAGCGGCUGAUGCUCAUGGUGAUGCAGAGAAGAGGUCCUUGGAGUUACCCAACUAUCCAGGUCUACAAGCUAGAGUACAACACCGGUUACCGCUGCUGGGUCUGACACCAGACAUGGGACCAACCUUAAACUGGACGCCCAAACCCUUCAAAGGUGAUGCACAGAUUGGUUGGAGGUAUACAUUCCCCCUCGGUACGCCCCCUGGACUAGUACCUAGACUUUUCGUCAUGUGUCGUACUAAUACCCCAGGCGCAAUGUACAGACAUCACUGGAAGAACGGGUUGCUGCUUAAAAUGGGCCAGGUAUCAGUGAAUAUCAAACAGCCUGAGGCAAGUCAAGUAGAGAAGGUAGAUCUGUAUGUCCGUGUCACUGUCGAUGAGGAGGGAGACAAGAAAGCUACCGAGGUCUUAUGGGUAGUCCUGGCCAGGUUCCUGGUGGUAGCUCAGAGAUUCUUAGCAUCUUGGCCUGGUGUUUACUAUCAGGUUUCAAUCCUUCCAAGCUCCAUGUACUACACGAGUGAGUCAACUGUAGAUGAACUGGAAAUCAAUCUUUUAGAUAUCAUGAGAGAGGCUUCUCUGGAAAAGAAAACAAUGAAAGUCGAUGUCAAAAGCCAAAACUGCGAAGUGAACGUGGAUUGUCUGAUGCCAUUACCUGGUGAUUCAGAUCUGUCCAUAUCGCAUUGGCUUCAAUGGCUUGCUAAUCUUGACAUCCAGCUCAGUGAAUCUACACCCAGCAUCAAUGAACCAGAUGAUCAGAUAUCAGAUAAUGAUUCACAGAGCAGUCUCCGACCCUCCCCCUCCCCACCCAGGGGAAACAGCCCAAGGGUUCUGACAUCCCCACCAGUCAAGACCAACAAGAAGGCAGAGAUUAAAUGGAAGUUGGAUAAUGGAUGGAGGAGGGUGUCAGUGGAAGAUGAACUCAAAGAGAUCAAGAAGGUUGCAGCAUCUUUCGUAGCCGCAGUCCUAGCCGGUGCCGUAGCUCAACUCAUCACAGAGCAAUCCAGAGCUGACGACCAUGGCCACACAUUGAUGGAGAGAGAAGCUAAACAUGCAGCAGCAUUAGCAUCAGCACGGGCAGCACAAGCCGCACAGAGUGGCAACGCAGAGGCUGCGGCUAUGGCUGUCGUGGCAGCAGCACAGGCUAUGGACAAUGCCAUGCUAGUCAGAAAGAAAGGAAACAAAGGAACGGCUAUGAUCAAAAGUAGAAUGUGCACCAUCAUGUAAUAAAGUCAUCGCUUGAAAUGACCACAGCAAACAUUGUCAGAGAUCUGGAGAUCACGAUCGAAUUGUAAUGAUUAUAUUUACCGACUUCGUAAUUUAGCCUACGUUCUUGCACAUCACAGUUGAUAAUCCGAAUUACAUGGCUAUAUGAAUACCAUUCACACAGCUCAGAAGAAUGCAACUUUCUUAUAGAUCAUUUGCACAGCUUUCGUUUGUGGAUGGGUGUGUGGCAGGAAGGCGUGGUGUAGCUUCGCCUGUAGGUAAAGCUACAUCAAAUUUAGCACAAUGACAACUUUAACGUAUUGCAUCCACAGUGCAAAUUUAUUGCUUAAAUCAAAAUGUAGUUCAUGAUACUCCAUCAAAAACCUGAUAACGUUUUAAAGAAAAGUUGUAAUUGUGAGUGCCACCGUUGUUUAUAAGGGAAGAUCACUACAGCUAUCAUGAAACAUAUACUUUCAUUUCUGUAUAUAAGUGUACACAAAUAUUUAUUCCUUUACCAGUUUAUUUAUUUAAUUUAUUUGUACUAACUUUACAUUAAACAUAUAUUCAGAAGGUCAUAAAAUAUUAAUUAUAAAACGGUUCGGAGACAGCAAAAUGAGAGAUCGGAUGAGCGUGCUUUGAACCCGCUUAUUAAGUUAAUAUUGAUUUUUUUGGUAUGAGGGAACAAAUUAAGCAACUUGAUCAAAAUCUACCGCAAGCCAAACACUGACCACUUUAUUCCCAAACAGUCUCAACAGACCGUCAUUUCUUAAGCGUCUAGCCCGUCAAAUGUUAUCGAUUACAUAAGUUGUCCAUGGUGAUACCAUAUAACGAUAAUUAUCAAACGCGCCAUCAUUACAGUCGGCCGUAGCCAGUCUGCUCCAAUUGACUCUUUUUUGUUACUACCCAGUGGAUACAAUGCCGCAACUGAUAUCUAAAAGGUGCGUAUUAUAUGGUUGUUAACAUUGGUCAGUUUAAACAUUCGUCUAGACAUUUACCAAUAUUAAAAUUGUUUUUUUUCCCCUCAUAAUCACUCUGGACAACACUGAGUAUACAGUGUUUAAAAAUACGUCGGUGAAGUAAAAAAAAUAAUAUAUAUAUUGAAGAUUGAAAUGUGUGGGGAACUGAAGGGCGUACCCAAGAUGGCCCAUGCAUCUCGGAGUGGGUCUUUUCACGUCUUUCCGUUCACGAUCUCCCUUGUUACGAGCCUGGUAAUUACAGUUACACUUAAAAUGAACGGACGAUGUCAUUUUAAGUAUAAACUCCCGAGAUCAUUAACAGAUUAUCCUGGAGCUGGCAUGGUUGGUUCAAGUGCUUCCUAAUAUUGCAAAUUAAGGGUGGUAAAUGACAAAACUGCACAUCGCAUUGAUCCCUUAAGUUCAAUUUGUUUUAAAAUCAAACUAAAUUUAUUACUAUGUUUGUUAAUGCAAAUGUUCUAUGAAGCAGGUUGGUCGUUAUUAAUUUGUAAAGAUUUUGUUUCGGUUGUCUUGAUUUUAAUCAUAUUUAAGGAAGUUGCAAGUUCUAAGAAUAAAUUAAAUCUUCAAAUUGAAUUGAA